AUGUAUCAGCAGCAACAACAACAACAACAAGAACAACUACAAAACACGACGUCAACAAAACAAACAAUACAACAAGCUACUGUUGCUGCCGCUGUUAGUGGAUUACCAACAACUACAACAUCAUCAUCUACAACUACACAUCAACAAACAUCACAACAACAGCAAUCACAAAAAGCUUUAACUGCUGCCCACACUUAUCCACAGCUUCAGCAACACCAUCAACUACAUUUACAAUUAAAUCCAACAACAGCGGCAGCAGCAGUAGCAGUAGCAGCAGCACCACCAACAACAUCAGAAGCAGCAACAACAUCAGCAACAGCAGCGGCGGCAGCAGCAGCCACUUCCUCCACCUCCAUUACAGCUAAAACUUCAAAACCGCAGACAACAAGUGCAGCGACUACCAGCCGUAGUCGCCAUAAUCGACGUAGUAACAGUACCGGCAUCACCACGAAUCCACACGGUAAAAGCGGCGGUACCACAACGUUCUUCGUCCAAUAG